ACUGUCUCAUAGAUGCUAUCCACCAACUAUGCAGAUUUUUUUCUUACACCCCUACUUUUCUCUCUUCACCCUACAACUUUAUUUAUUUUAUUAGUGACUAAAAGAAUAAUUGUAAACAGAGGAAGAACGGAUGAAAAUUUAAAAAAAAAAAUUCCUUAAUUAUCAGAGCCUGGUUUCGAUCCAGGGACCUGUGGGUUAUGGGCCCACCACGCUUCCGCUGCGCCACUCUGAUUUUUUAUGUUUGUUGAUUUAUUACAAAAUAAACUUAAUUAAUAACAGUUAAGGUGCAUGAAUAGCAUAAUGUACAGAAGUUGCAAACUAUGGGCUAGAUUCACCCUCUAACUCCAGAGGAAUCAAAAAGCGAUAUCAAUCUUGCUGAUAAAGACAAAAUUGCAGCACACUUACUCAUGAAAAACAGUCACUUAAAAAUAACCUGUUAUUCAAUUUUUCAUUUCAUAUUGAAACUCUAAAUGUCAAACUAAACAGCACUCAUUAUACGCAGAAAGUAAUUAUAUUUGUGUAUUGCAUUUUCUCCUGUAUCGAGUCUAUAUUGAUACUUGACAUGUACUGGCUGAUCUGAUCAAGCUACUAGUCUUUUGAACCAGAAUGACAAUGCCUUCUAUCAAUCCCAAGAUGUUUUACAGUCGAAAGCCCAGCCAAGUGAUUUGAAAAAUAUCUUCUCACUUCUUAUUGAAGCUUCAUCAAUCUCUACCCUUUUAUAUUUCUAUUUAGUUAAUGCAAAAUGGAGAAGUACUUAAACUUUGUCUGAAGUAUAGGAGAGAUCAGAUGUCAAUCUUUACUUAGUUGUAACAAUGUAAUGAGAUAAUCACAUAUGCUUGCCAUUAUACACUGACUUUUAAUCUAAUGAUAGCAUUUAGGUAUGGAUGAGAGUUGCAGCACAUGCAGUUUUUAUGCUUCAAGGAAGUGUUUGGUUUGCUAAAAUAUGUUAUAUUUUCAUUUGUGACAAUAAUUUUCUUACUAAAUUGCUAAGAUAAGAAAAUUAUGUUUUGCUUUUACUUCUUGUUCUCAGUUUUAAUUUCUUGACUAGCUCCCUAUCUUCACCACCUGUUUCUCUACCACUUCUUUAUUGUGGAUUCUCAGUCCUGAAUUGUCUAAGAUCUUAAAGACUUAUGGGGAUAUUGUUAUAGAAGAAUAAAAAGUGAAACUACUGUAAUAAUCAAACAAAAAUCUUUUGAAUAGAUAUAACGAAAUUGAGAUGAUGAUUUAUUACAUUUUUGUGAUACUAGUUUGCAACUAUCAAAAUUUUCAGAACGGAGCAGCAUCAGUAUUAAACGUCACUUCAUUUUCUUAUGCAGUUUGGACGCUUAAUUUCUUAGUUGGAGUGAUAUUAAAUAGACACAUAUCCAACGAACAGAAACACCAGUUAACUCUGGACAUUUAUUCUAACAUUUAAAGUACUCUGUUUCAAUCCCACAUCGACAAUACUAGAAAUAGUAAAUGGAAUAAUAGGAUACAAAUAUAACAUGUUUCACUCUGAAAAACAUACUUACCUGGACAGGGUCAAUGGACGAUCAAGAAGAUCCAUGGCCUAGAAAAGUGAUGUUCAUUGCACUUUGAAUGAGUGCUUUUCUAAGGUCUGUCCCAGUGACAGAGCCUAUGUCAUAAUUUGUUGCAGUGGGGGCCUGUGUUCGCGCGGCCCCUUUUAAUUCUAUCUAUCUUUCAAAGUUUUCUGUAUGUAAUUAAUGAAAUGAAUUUCUAUUAAUGGAAGAAUAUUCUGGUAAUUUCAAGGUGUCUUUCAAUUACUAUAAAAUGUUACUUGGGUUCAGGGUAAGUUCAGAAUCAAGGAAUGUCUGUGGCAGCUGUUCCUGAAAAGAGAAAUGAAACAUUUUUGGGGAUUCUUUUCUUUGCUUCUUAUUGUCUAUUGGAAUAUCUUGAUGACAAAGUUCAGCUCGGUAAAAAAAAUAUUUCUCUCCAAUCUUAAGUCCCAUUCCACCUAUCUCCAAUCUCGAGCAAAAGUAUUGUUUCUUUUAUCAGGUUUUGAUGAGAUCAUAGACUUGAUACCUCAAUCUUGUUGCAAAACUUGUAUUGUUUCUUUUAUCAGGUUUUGAUGAGAUCAUAGACUUGAUACCUCAAUCUUGUUGCAAAACUUUAUUGCUUCGUUAAUUGAUCUUUCAUAGUCUCAAAACAUCACACCACUCUGUCCCUCCAUCUUAUAGGAAAAAAUAUAGUUUCCUUCGUCAGAGAUUUUUCUAUAAAGUCACAAGUCUGUUCUUCAGUCUCAUAGCAGAAAAAGAAAUGUCUAUUCGGACAAAUCCCAUGAAAGCAGUGCCUACAUUGUUGAAACGUUUGGUGACUGUAGACAAACAAGCAAAAUUGAAGGAUUUGAAAAGUGAGUUGACCAACAUAAAGGAUUUGUUUUCCAAGGUGAAGAAAAAUGAACAAGAUCUACUUGACAAGUUAACAAAGGUGUAUGGCUAUCUUCGCAACAACAACAUAGAUAAGUUGAUGGAAGACGAGGAAAUGAUUUGCAAGGAAAUAGAGGAAUCAACUAAAAAGUUGCUGCCAGCUGAUCAGUUCCCACAACCUGAAAAAGCAAAUAAAGAAGCUACUGCAUCACGCCCUUCAACCCAACAACCUGAGGAGUUGGAAGUGAUUAAGAAAAAUUAUGAGAGCCUUGGUGAUAUUGAAAUGAAAUUCUUGAAGUCUCUCUUACAUUUCCCAAAGAAUUCUGUCAUGAAGAGAAGGAAUAUAAUCCUUUGGUGGGUUGGAGUGGGUUUAGUUGAAAUGGAAGCAGCAAAGGAAAAUGGUGAGUAUAUGUUUGGAAAGCUUAUGGAUCAUAAAUUAAUUUUACCAGAUAAGUAUGACUUUGUGAAUAAAUUAUUUAAAGUUAAUCCUUUGGUUUAUGGUGUUCAUGAUGAAUCAAGGAAGAAAGCAAAGGAAGGAAAAAAGCUUUUUCAAACUUACUCAGAAAUAGUUACCUCAUCUCAUCAGAGUGAUUCUCCUAAAUGUUUAGCACUUAACGAACUGAAAGUUGAACUUAGUGAUGCUUUUGGUUCUAAAUCUAACCAUUUCAGAAGUAUUUUUAAUACUGGUGCAAGUUAUCUUAUAUUUGGAUCCCAAAGGAUGGCCAAAAUGAAGGGGUUGGAGGUGCUUCAACUUGGUCGUUGGCUGCACGCUUCACCAAAACAUCAUAUUGAAGUGAACGGCGAAGAAUUCUUAAAGGAGUUAAGGAAUCAAGAGAAAUUGAAAUAUCUUAGCCUUCGUGGAAUAUCUAGAAUAUCUCAGCUGCCAGACUCCAUUUUUCAACUUAAGAGCCUAGAGACUCUCGACCUCAAGGCCUGUCACAACCUAGAAACAUUACCACGUGAUAUUGCAUUGUUGAAAAACCUCAAACAUUUGAAUCUGUCUCAAUGCUACUUAUUGGAUAGAAUGCCAAAGGGGAUUGACAAGCUGAAUAAGCUUGAAGUACUAAAGGGAUUUGUGAUUGGUAGUUCAGACAAGAUUUCUGAUCUUGCAAAAUUGUCAAAACUAAAGCAACUCAGCAUACAUCUAGGAAGUGGGGUUAGUGUCCAAGAUAAAGGGUCUGCAUUGCAAAAUUUGUCAGCGCUUGAGAAACUAAAAAUAUCAUGGGGUGUGUUUGACACAAAGUACUCUGAGAUUGAGCUUAAGCUGCCUCAAAAGUUGAAAAAGUUGCAUCUUGAAGGCUUUCCUGGACAACAUAUUCCAGAAUGGUUGAAACCUGACAAGAUAACCACAAGUUUGUGUGAGCUAUAUAUUACAGGAGGAAAACUCCGAAGUGUGGAUCUUCAAGGAUAUGCUCAUGUGUCUUGCUCAUUGCAGAUCAUACGGCUCAAGUACUUACAACAUUUAAAUAUUAACUGAAUCAACUCAUUUGCUGGAUCUGUUACCUGUUGUGUAGUGCAGAGAAAUAAAAUAUGCUCUAAAUUAUCAUGAAUUUGAAUAGAGAGCAUUCUGAGUGAAGAAAGGUGAAAGUAUGUGUCUAUGUCGUACUACUAUUUACAGAAUUUUAUGUACAUGUUCUAAAUUCUAUUGUGCCUAGCUAUGUUUUUCUGGCAAGAAUAAAGGUAAGCUGAAAAGAACAAAGAAACAUGCCUUAUAUGACAAUAUCUAUACCUACCUCAUAUCCUCAGCUUAUGUAAUUGAUAUUAAAAGAAGAGUGGUGAUAAGUUCAUAACUGAUACAUGAGCACAACUAUUUUUCAUAAACUUCAUCAACAUCUAUACUCCUUAAUCUUGCUUAAUUGAAAUUUCUUUGGUCAUUUCUCGGUACCUCUGCUUAAUAGAGCAUGCACUAUGUGCUGUGUUUUAUUAUAGUAUCUUCUUCCAUUGUCCACUGCAAUUGCAAUGCAUGCAAUCACGUAAGCAUACUUCUUCCACAUUUAACUUCCCCUUAUCAGUCCAGGAUUCAUUAGGUCAAGAUUUCCUUCUAAAUGAAACACAAGUAACCAACCUUAGUUCUUAGAAAAGGUCAACAUAACAAAACCUAAGACAAAAACUGUAUGUGUUUGGAAAUAAGAAAAAUAUUCUUGUAAGGUAGAAUAUAACUAAGUUGUCCUUGAAUUGUGGUGAACUAAGACAGAUCCAUUACACAUCUCCCAACCAAGUAAUGAUAUAGUACUUUUUCACUCUGCCGUAUAACCUUUUGUGUUUUUAGUUAAUGCAUAUUGGGAGGAUAUUUAAAGAGUGAAACUAGUGUAAUAACCACGAAAAAAUUUAUUUUUUUAUAGAAACAAUGAAAUUGACACAAAAUAGAAAGAGUUAAUAAGAGAAUAAUGAUCUUAGAAUAUUUUUGUUAUGACAGUUUGCAGCACCAAUUCAGAAUGGAGCAGGUCUAGUUCAAGGUCUUAUUAUAAGAGAACUCAAAUAGUACCUGUUUUUGACAUUCUUCCAUAACUGGUGUGAAAUUAAAGCUGCAAUGUUGAUUCUACUUGCAGUAUAUUAAUGAAACAGUGGUUCUUGAAGGCAAAUCCUUCCUACUUUGAACACAAUUUACCUGAAUCCUUUUUCUUAAGUUAAACCAAGCACUCAAGGGAUCUGAAACCUUUCCAUGUUCAUAUAGUCUACCAAAUCCCAUAUUGAAAAUAUUACUUACAAUGGCAUUGAAAAUAGACUACAAAUUAGAGAUUUGUUACACUAAGCAACAUACUUACCUGGACGGGGUCUAUGGAUGAUCAAUAAGAUUCAUGGCCUAGAGAAGCAACUUUCAUUGCACUGAGAAAGGGUGUUUCUCUAAGGUCUGUCCUUGUGACAGAGCCUACGUCAUAAUUUGUGUUAGUAGGGACCUGCGUCCGCGCGGUCCCUUU